AUGGCGAACCUUCAUGUGGACGGCGCAACAAUGUGGCUCACGGAUCGUAUGACGUUGAAUCCGACGACGCUGUCUAAAUUUUGGAGAGCACUCGAGGAAGAUCAGACCGACAUCCGACCCGAUGCCGUGGUUACACUACCGGAAGGGGUACACUGGUUGGGGGAUGAGUUGCUUGGCUCUUGCGUCUACUGGGAGACAAUGCACGACAAAAAGAAGAAUCUACCGCACGUGGUGAUCCUCGGAAACGCCGGAAUCGGUAAAAUGUUUUUCGGGUUGUUUCUUCUGCUUCACUUGGCACGCGCCGGUAAGACGGUGGUUUAUCAAGACAGGGACAAGUGCAUUCUCUUCUCUCGCACUAUGGUUAUCCGAGGAUCAGAGCAGGCUUUCGUGGAGAUUCUGGGUAAAACUACGACGUAUUACAUCGUGGAUGGUGCUAAACCGCCUUAUUGCGCGGCCAAGACGAUCCUUUUAGCUCGACCGCAGCUCGCAAAUUGGUAUCAAUUCGCCGAGACCAACUGCACCAUACAUUCACAUGAGGAGAUUUUAACGUGUCGAGCCCUGGUGUAUCCACAACUUCCCCUCAUUGACGUAUCGAGUUGUCUCCAUCGAUGGGGCGGCAUCCCUCGCUACGUGCUGCAUUACGCGCGGGUCCAUUGUCAGCAGCGGUGGCUUGAAAAGGCGAUCAAUAGAGUCGACUGGAACUGGAUGGUCACCGCCGCUCGAAACCUGGACUACGAUGAAUACGAAGUAUGGUAUCCUUUGUUUCAUUGUCGCGUCAAUAAGUCGUUUGAAGGGGCAGGUUUCGGCUUCGCUUCGUUGUACGUGCAGCGGAAGAUCUACGCGCAAUUGUACAAGCAGAACAAGGCGAGACUUCUCGAACGCUUCGCUUCACCGAUCACGCAUUUUGGUUGGGGUGGGGUCCACUGGGAUCAAUUGCUCGAAGAGCAUCUGCUGACGCUGCUAGCGCGAGUUGGGAACUUCCGAGCCCGACGUCUUGUGGACGAUAACGAGGAAUACGACGAUGAUGAAACCUUUGCAGAGGCAGAUUGGGAUGAUGAAGGCAACAAGCGCGAACAUACUGCGGAAGAGCAAGAGGUUGAGGAAUCGGUGCAGCUCGAGAUACAAAAUCAACUCACUUUUAGCACUAGAGAGGAAGUUUCCACUGCUGAGGCCAAUACGUUCUUGCGGCCAGCAACGAAAUACGUUGCGGACGCGAUAGUGAAGCCAAGGCUGCUAUUCUACGUGCCGGGCGUACACAAAACGCCGCUCAAGCAGAGCCACCUCCACGAUCUACUGGAGCUUCUCGGCAACCCCGACCAACCGCGGCUUUACUUCGUGCUCCCACCGAGCCAAUUCCACGAUUUCCGGUAUCAGAGAUAUAUUGACGGGAAUGACAAGAGAAUCGCGAUCUCGUCGUACCAGAAUGUGCGGAAGCUCCAGCAAUUUGCGCUGAAAGUCGAGCUUACAUCGUAG